UAAAUAAAAUCCUCCUGCUGACCUCACUAUAAAAAUGUCCCUCUGUUCAUUUGCUUCUGUGUUUUUUUUAAAUGUCAGCUGAAUACUUGGAAUAAACAGCAUGGAGAGUAAGCAGCGGUUGAAAUGGUUGAUGCUUGCAGUGAUAUGCCCUAUUAUUGCAGGUGUUCCGUCCUUCAUGUCCAAAAGAGAUAUUUCAUGUCCUAAAGAGAAGCUAAACAUUACUGGAGGGACCUUUGCUCUUUCUAAUAGUUAUUUACAUGGAAGUCUGUUAACAUACAUCUGUCCGAGUGGAUAUUACCCAUCAGUUCAUUCACGUAUUUGCCAAGAUGGACGCUGGACCUCAAAGACCAAAAUCAGAAAAACCCCAGAGUGCAAAAAGAUCACGUGUCCCAAUCCUCGUGUUUUUGAGAACGGAGAGGUGAUUCCAUAUAAACCCAAGUACUAUGUGAAUGACACAACCUCCUACUCAUGUCAUUCUGAUUAUAAGUUCCGCGGCUCAGCGGUGCGUGUUUGCAAGCCUAACGGGAAGUGGAGUGGAACAACACCAAUUUGUGGACGCGACUCUGAUCACUGUCCUGAUCCUGGUGUUCCUCCUGGUAGCAGUCGAGCAGGGAGCAUGUUUAACACGGAUGAUAAAGUCACGUACCGCUGCGAGAGGCCAUUGACCUUGAUUGGUUCCAAAGUGCGAGUGUGUCAGGAUGGUGGCCAGUGGUCAGGAACUGAGCCACAGUGUUACGCUGAUUUCACAUACGACACCCCAGAGGAAGCAUCAGAAGCUUUCAGCAGUUCUCUGAAGUCAAAUCUAGUGGUUGACAAUGAAGGACAGGAGGGGAGGAGACUAAAUAUGGGUCAUGAUGGAACACUUGAUAUUUACCUAGCUGUUGAUGCAUCUGACAGCAUAGAUAAGGAUCAAUUUGAAAUAGCAAAAAUCACCAUUAAACUGCUUAUUGAAAAGAUUAGUUAUUACCCGGUCACCCCAAACUAUGAGAUCCUGAUGUUUGCUACAGAUGUUACACCGAUAAUACGAAUGAAUAUCUUCAAAAUGCAAAAACCUUCCCUAGAGGAGAUUUUCAAAAACAUGGACGAUUUUACUUAUGAGAAUAAAAGCGAUAAAACCGGUACCAAUAUCGCCAAAGUCUAUACAACCAUUCAAGAAAGCAUGACAGGAGAGAGGAACAGAAAUGCAACAUCCUUCAAUGAGACCCAACACAUCAUCAUACUGUUCAGUGAUGGUCAUGCAAACAUGGGGGGGAACCCAAGACCUAAAGUGGAGCAGAUCAAACGUUUGGUCAUACAAAACGAUGCUAGCCGAGAGAAGAAACUUGAUCUUUAUGUAUUUGGAAUCGGAGAUGACGUGAGUCAAGAAGACAUGAAUGACUUAGUGUCACAGAGGGACCGAGAAAAAUAUUUCUUCAAGCUUCAAGACUUGACGGAGGUUCAGAAUAUGUUUGUCGACAUGAUUGAUGAGGACACCAGUGUAGGAUUGUGUGGGAUUGUUUGGGAAGGCUUGGAAAAUAAACGUCGUGCAUUUCCCUGGUUGGCACAGAUUAAUAUUGUUCGUCCUCCAAAAGGUUCAAAUUGCAUGGGCUCAUUAGUUACCUCAAGUUACAUCUUGACAGCUGCUCACUGCUUCAAAGAGGGAGACACAACUGAUAAGAUAAGAGUUAAACUGGAGAAAGACCUGGUUGUAAAAGUGAAGAGAUAUAUCAUUCAUCCUGAAUAUAAUGUCACUGCAAAAAAGCAUAUGGGAAUAGAUGAAUAUUAUGAAUUUGACGUAGCUCUUAUACAGCUGGAAGAAGCUGUUCCUAUCAGUUCUAGUCUUCGACCGAUCUGCAUCCCGUGCACCAAAGAAACCAAUGCAGCUCUGAAACUUUCAGACAGUGAAGGGUCAUGUAGAAAACAUGAGGAAAUGCUACUGAGCAAAGAGCUUGUGGAAGCUUCUUUCACGUCUGAAAUGGAGAAGGAAAAUGACAAGAGAUAUCCAAAAGCAGUGAAAAACAUCAAAUUCAAGCUUGGAAAAUAUCGAGACGCUUGUGUUGAAGAUGCAGCAAAAGCAAAAGAGAUCAAGGUGAAAAAUGCCAGGGAAGCAGUUACAGACAAUUUUCUGUGCAGCGGAGGAACUGAACCAACAACAGAUGAUGUUUCCUGCAAAGGAGAUUCAGGUGGAGCUUCUUAUGUAAAUAAAAAAGGUCGAGUGAUUCAGGUUGGUGUCAUAAGCUGGGGAUCAAAGGACGUCUGCAAAGAAAAAAGAGGGAAAUUCACUUCAGACGCAGACUCCAGAGAUUACCAUUCAAAUCUUUUCAGUGCGAAGAUACAAUCAUUUCUUAAAGAACACAUAGAAAAUGACCGUAUAGGAAACCCUCUUACAUUCCUCAAUGCCACUAAUUCAGCAGACGGAAAAUGAGUGAAUGCAUGCUGAGAAAACACUUUUGUUUUCUGAUCAGUCUAUUCAUUUUAAGUCAAAUAUCUGGUCUUUGUUAAAAGAAAUAGUAAUCCAGUUUAUUAUAAACUUUGUCUGUACUGAUUAUCCAGCCACCAGCAGACAUGGGAGUUUCAUCAUCGUUGCAGUUUCACUACUUAUUUCCACGUUUUUUGAAAAUGAUGAUAGCAAUUAAUAAAAGCCUACCAGUAUGCCACUAAA